AUGCCGACCUCAGCAUCAGCAGUAGAGCCAGCGCUCGGCGGCGGACCAACGAGGUCGCUCGGUGUCACUCCUCCUAUUGCCACCAACGGCCCCACACCAAGAGAGAUUGAGGUGACCAAGACGCUCGUCGCCGAGCUCGAGAAGCAGGGCGUCUUUGAGACCGACGAGGAGAGCAAGGUCCGCGAGGUCAUCUUGGGAAAACUCGACGCCAUGGUCAAGGACUUUGUCUACCGCGUCGCAAUAGCCAACGGCAUGUCGGAGUCGCUGGCCCGCGCAGCAGGCGGAAAGAUCUUCACCUUUGGCUCCUACCGUCUCGGCGUGCAUGGACCAGGUUCGGAUAUCGAUACGCUCUGCGUCGUGCCCAAGCAUGUGCAGCGAGAAGACUUCUUCACCGUGUUUGAAGGCAUGCUCAAGGAUCGCGAGGAGGUAACGGAAGUGGCAGGCGUUCCUACGGCGCAUGUCCCGCUCAUUGCAGCCAAAUUCAUGAACGUGGAUAUCGACUUUACCUUUGCUCGACUGGCGCUACCGAGGGUAGAGGACAAUCUUUCGCUCGAAGACGACAAUCUACUGCGCAAUCUUGACGAGCGCGACGUUCGAAGUUUGGGUGGUUCUCGUGUCACGGACGGCAUCCUGCGCCUGGUGCCCAACAUCCACGUCUUCCGCAUGGCGCUGCGCUGCAUCAAGCUGUGGGCACAGCGUCGGGCGAUCUAUUCGAACGUCAUGGGCUUCCUCGGUGGUGUUGCGUGGGCCAUGUUGACUGCGCGCAUCUGCCAGCUCUACCCGAAUGAGGCAGCGGGCGCCAUCGUCUCGCGCUUCUUCAUCAUCCUCUACCAGUGGAAGUGGCCGCAACCGGUGCUGCUCACGCAGAUCGAAGACGGUCCCCUCUCGGUGCGCGUCUGGAACCCCAAGCUGUAUCCGAGCGACCGACUCCACCGCAUGCCCAUCAUCACGCCUGCCUACCCCGGCAUGUGCUCGACACACAACGUCAGCCAGUCAACGCAGAUGGUCAUGACAUCCGAAUUCAAGCGCGCUGCCGAAGUCGUCGAUCGCGUCAUCAUCGGUAAGACCGACUGGUCCGAGCUCUUUGCCAAACACGACUUCUUCUUCAAGUACAAGUACUAUCUCCAGGUGAUCGCGAGUUCAGGAUCGGCGGAUUUGCAGUUGAAAUGGCACGGUACGGUGGAGAGUAAGAUCCGACAGUUGGUGAUGAAGCUCGAGCUGGUGCCGACGAUCAUGUGCGCGCAUCCGUUCAUCAAGGGGUUCGAUCAGGUGAGCGAGUGUCAUAACGAUCACGAGGUUCGGCUGGUUGCCACGGGCGAUAUUCCGGAUGAAGUAGCGCAGCGAACACAGAAGGUGGCAGCAUUGCCGGAGACGGAGGAGGCGAAGGCUGCCGCCGCCGAGGAAGCCGCCAAGGUCACCGACGGCAAGGAGGGGCAUAGGAUGAUCUACACAACGACGUUCUACAUCGGGCUGAGCAUCGAGCCCAAGCUCCCCGGCGAGGGCGCACGCAAACUCGACAUCAGCUACCCCACCGCCGAGUUCACAGGCAAGGUCAAGCAGUGGGAGCAGUACGAUGAGGCCUCGAUGGGCAUCGUGGUUCGACACAUCAAGUGGUUGCAGCUGCCCGGAUACGUGUUUGAUGGAGGCGAACGACCGGCUGCUGCGAGCAAGGUCAAUGGGAAACGUGCCAAGUCUGGCAAGAAGAAGAACGGUGAUGCGGAGACGAAUGGCGUGGCGAAUGGGAACGUUACAGCGGUGGACAAUGGGGAUGCGGAGAUGGCAAGUCCGACCAAGAAGCAGCGCACAGUGCCAGGCGCGGCGGCGGCGGCGACACCGACACUGCCUCUGCAACCGGGGACGGCGAGCAAGGAGAUCGAGAACUUUGCACUCGCUACGGGCAACCAGCCCAUCGCCGCUUCCACCAACACCGCUGCCAACCACUGA